CCAUCCUACAUCUGCAAUGGGCAGCACCACCGUCGGCAUUCUCGCCUUGCAAGGCGCAUUUUACGAGCAUGUUCAGUUGCUGAAGAAGGCGGCGGCCAGUUUGUCCGCAGACAACGCCGGCUCUUCGUCGCAAUGGGAGUUCAUCGAAGUGCGCACCCCGCAGGAACUGGAGAGAUGCGAUGCCCUCGUGCUGCCCGGAGGCGAGAGUACCACCAUCUCUCUCGUUGCGGCCAGAUCUAACCUCUUGGAGCCUCUGAGGGAUUUUGUCAAGGUCCACCGGAAGCCGACUUGGGGUACUUGCGCCGGUCUGAUCCUCCUGGCCGAGUCGGCCAACCGGACGAAGAAAGGUGGUCAGGAGUUGAUCGGCGGUCUCGACGUACGCGUCAACCGGAACCAUUUCGGCCGACAGACAGAGAGUUUCGAAGCGCCUCUCGACUUGCCGUUCUUGGGUGAGGAGCAGCCUCCCUUCCCCGCCGUCUUUAUCCGGGCCCCGAUUGUGGAGAAAAUCCUCCCCCAUCAGGAAGGCGAACAAGUUGCUGAGGCCCAGAGAGACGAGACGGUCAUCGCGCCUUCGCGACAGGCCGAAGACGAAACCGCACGGCAGGCAAUGGCAGACAGCGUGGAAGUUCUGGCAACUCUACCUGGAAGAGCGGCGAAACUGGCCAGCCAGGGGACGCACAUCGAUGCGGAUAAGGAGACGGGCGAUAUCAUCGCUGUCCGCCAAGGGAACGUCUUCGGAACGAGCUUCCACCCGGAAUUGACCGACGACGCCCGCAUCCAUUCGUGGUGGUUGCGCCAGGUGGAAGAAUCCGUCCGGAGAAGACAUGCCAAGCAACGCGCAUGACUUGCUGCGCGGUGGUAAUGGAGUCUUCUUGCUGGAUCGUGGGUAUCGGAUGUAAAUUUUCUUUCUUGGGAUGCCUUCUAGCAGGUGAUAGAAAUAGAUUGUACAUAAACGCCGCUUUUGCGCCAACCUGAAUUAUUCCC